AUGGCCAUGGCCUGUAUCGGGACCGAGGAUGUCUUCGGAAUGCGCAUGUUGCGGGAAGGCGCACUUUAUAAGGUACUAUCUCCCAAGAAAACAGUGGAAACCAUUGCUGAUCUUAAUCAGUCGUCCGAUAAAGCAUUAAACAUGAGACAGAGAUUGCUCUGCUUUGCAGUCGGCGUCAUGGCAAGCCCAAGCGACUCACUAAUAUGCUGGUUCUCGCAAGAAUGCUAUCAUAGAGCCACCAAGAGCCGCGCUGGUGAUGAUCGAUAUGCAAAUUAUUUCCUGCAUCCUGCUCUUGCGCCAGACGCAACAGCAGGCACAUUCGGCAGCGACAUGGGAGAAAUCGACGGCAUUAAGCCUGGCAGAUUAUUGUGGCAAGAUGCCUGGAAUAGUCGCUUGUAUGGACCUCUGGAUCGUCUUUAUACAGAAGGUGCCAAGCUGGGGACUGAUCUUUGGUUUCACAAAAACCGACAAAGUGGUCUCUGGGGAGCCCAGACACCGCUGGGGCUCUGGCUUCAGGAAAACCAGAGCACUACGCUAUUUCUGGGCGGAGUUAACAUCGACCAGUGUGUGUGGGGAACUCUGCUUGAUGGGUUCUACAAAGGCUUUGAUGUCAUUCUCGUGCCUGACCUCAGCGACGAAUAG